AAAUUUAGGUGCCCCCUCAGGAUGCCUGACUAGUCGCGCUCACCAAUGAACGUCUACAGUGUGAAUGUCCUUCAUUUCUCUGUCUGGCUAUUGAACUUGCCAUCGCGGAUCUAAAUUUGGAUUAAAAUAAGAGAGAGAAGAGAAACACAGAUCCAGUUUGUCGCUGCAGCCUCACGAGCUCCUAAAUCGCGUGACAUUCUGGAGCGUGUAAAACAACUUUGACUGCGCGCGACAUGGAGUGCCGAGUGCUGUCGAUUCAGAGUCAUGUCGUGAGAGGAUACGUUGGAAAUAAAUCGGCGUCCUUUCCCUUACAGGUCUUGGGGUUUGAAGUGGACUCGAUCAACUCUGUUCAGUUUUCUAACCACACAGGUUACUCUCACUGGAAGGGGCAGGUGCUGACAGCGGACGAGCUUCACGUCUUGUAUGAAGGGAUCAAACUGAAUAACGUCAACCACUAUGACUACGUACUCACAGGUUACAUGAGAGAUACAUCAUUCCUGGAGAUGGUGGUUGAUAUUGUACAGGAGCUGAAGAGAGCCAAUCCUAAUCUUGUAUAUGUUUGUGACCCUGUCCUGGGUGACCAUGGUUCAAUGUAUGUCCCAGAAAAUCUGCAUCCAGUCUACAAGAAUAAAGUGGUACCGGUGGCCGAUAUCAUCACACCGAACCAGUUUGAAGCUGAGCUGUUGACAGGGAAGAAUAUUAGCACAGAGAAAGAUGCUGUUGAGGUGAUGGAUCUGCUUCAUAAGAUGGGUCCAGACACCGUGGUCAUCACCAGCUCAGAUCUGCCUGCUCGUCAAGGAGACCGAUUUCUGGUUUCUUUUGGCAGUCAACGCAUUUUGAUGCCAGAUGGCACGAGGAAGACCCAGCGGGUCCGAAUAGAGGUGCCAAAAGUAGACGCGGUGUUUGUGGGCACCGGUGAUCUAUUUGCUGCUAUGCUCCUUGCCUGGACCCACCAUUACCCAACGGACCUGAAGAUGGCAUGUGAAAAGACUUUCUCGGUUAUGCACCAUGUCAUUAAGAGGACUAUCUCAUAUGCUUUCGAGAUGGCAGGCCCCGGUAGAAGACCCAGCCCGGCCCAGUUGGAGUUACGCAUGGUCCAGAGCAAAGCCGACAUAGAAGAUCCAGCCAUAGUCAUGGAAGCCACUGUACUAUAGAGUCGCCAAACAGCUCCAACAUCUCAUCCACACAUCAUCACCCUCCGCUCACAACUGCACAACCGCAGAUGUUGUACAUUUUGAUAUGUAAUGUGACAUUGCCUUAGAAUCUCAGACAGAGUACGACAGCUCCAUUUCGUGAGAUUCAGCAGGGUACAGCCAAUCAAACGCAAGGGAGGGGGCAAGUCGUGUUUUUCAUCCCCUCUCUCUCUUUUCCUGUUUUCUCUCAAAGAUCCUUGAAGAAAUCCGGUUCGUCCUGCACAUUAAGCCCAGACUCCUGACCAGGUCAGUUAUGUACCUAAACUGCCAGUGAUCUAGUGAGGACCAGUUUUGCAAAUUAAAUGACGUCAGUGUGGGUUUGACGCUGUGUUGUUAUACGGGGAGGGGGAAGUCAAGACCAAUAUGGUUAAAUCUUAAGGAAAGUCUGGGUCUUAAUUCAUCCCAAAAUGUAAAGGAUAGGAAAUUAUUGGUAGUAGUAGUAGUUACGUUUUUUUUUUUUUUAAGUAAAUGCAAAUUCCAUUUUAAAUAUAAUUUUUUUAAUAAGUAUUUAUUAUGGUAGUUUUUGUUGUUACUGAAAUUGAUAUAUUAUAUUAUAUUAUAUUAUAUUGUGACUCUUUCCCUGCCAGAGUUUUUUUUUUUUUUUAAAGGUGCCAGCCAGCACCAGCCUAGAAUUUUUGUUUUGUUUUCAAUAAAAAUAUUCUUAUAUCAAGAUGUAUUUUCUUGAUGGGCAAAAUGACCCAAGAAAAUAAGUCUAGUUUUUAUAUAAAAAUAUAAAUUUUAAGUUAAUUUUGUGUUUAAAACAAGUAAAAAUAUAUGCCAAUGGGGUGAUAAAUUUUUUCUUGAAUUAAGUGUUUAAGAAAAAAAUUAAUUUAUUUCAAGAUUUUUUUCAUACCCCGUUGGCAGAUUUAUUUGCUUUUUUAAGCACAAAUUUAUUUAAAUUUGAUAUUUUUCUACUCUUAAA